GAUGGUGGUAGGGGGGGCGGCUGUUUUUGAGGAGCUCAUUUGCAUCCACUAAAGGAAAGCACGCCUUUCCCUCUCACCCGUCUCUCCACCAGUGGACACAGCCGAGGCUGCUGCUCUGCAAUAUAAGCCGUUUUCCUUCCUACUGAUGCUGAAUCGCCUGGAAGUCAGGAUGCUUCUCCCCACAAGCCUUUCACCAUCGGUCAGCAGCGGAAUUCAAUGAGUGAUCUGGUCGAGAAGCAGACAAGUGGACCAAGCAGGAGAUCCCAGAAAGUACACUACAAUUAAAGGAUAAAGGUGGUCACCAGGGCCGGCAGUUGCCAUGGCGACGGUGCCCAGCUACAGCCCGUCAAUAUGGGUGCGGAUGUGCCAUGCCCUCCCGCGCUUUGACCUGACCAUGCAGAUGCGGGACAACGUCUUCACUCCGGACAGCUGGGAGUACCAACAGACCCUGCUGGUUCUCUCCAGUCUUUCGGCCAUCGCUCUUGUCCUGUCACUCCUCGUCGUCCUCUCCUUCCUCAUCCACUACUGCUGCUGUCACCGUGGCGAUGCCGGCAGGGACGCGGAGGAAGAGGAGGAAGAUGACGACGCCAGCGGUGGUCAUGGUUACAGCGGCAAGAAGGGGCGGAGCAUCUGCUGUGUCACAUGGGUGUCGGUGGCCGCGGUGACGCUGUGCUGUGUUGCCAUAGGCGUUGGUUUCUACGGCAACAGCGAGGCGAACGAUGGGAUGUAUCAGUUGACCUCGUCUCUGCUCACUGCCAAUUACACACUGGCUUCCAUCGAUCUGCUGGUUUGGGACUCCGUGGCCGUGCUGCAGCGGUCAGUCUCUGGACCCCUGACAUCUCUGGAGGACGUGUUUGGAGGGAAUAAGCCAGCUCUGGUGUCCACGCGAUCCUGCAGGCGUCUGUCCGAGCGCGUGAUUUCCCUUCUCUCAUCCCUCUCUCUGGGCCGAGGGGUCAGCUCUGUUAGCCCCGGGUCAUUGGGGGCUAACGGCACUGACAGUAUGGUGGGGGUAUUGACCCCUGCUCCCCCUUCUAUAGCGCCAACACUGACCCCUACAUCCACAUCCAACAGCAUACCUGCACCAUUCUCACCAGGGUGGGCUGCCAACACGCUCAUGGUCAAUGAGGACUACAGGUGGCUGUCGUAUGUGCUGCUUUUGCUAUUGGAUCUGGUGGUAUGUCUCUUUAUUCUGCUGGGGUUGGCCAAACAGGCCCGAUGGCUCCUCAUCCUGAUGACGGUAUUGGCCUGGUUGGCUCUGUUUCUGAGUUGGGGGUCUCUUGGCCUGGAGACGGCCACAGUGGUGGCUCUCAGUGAUUUUUGCUUUGACCCAAACUCGUUUGUCAUCAACUCCACCCACUUCAACACGGGGACCAGUACAGAAAUCCUGGACUACUACCUGACCUGCAACAGGAAAAUGACCAGCCCCUUCCAGCAGUUGCUGACCCAGUCUCAGCGAGCGCUGUCCAGUAUCCACUCCCAUCUCUCCGGUCUGGAGCGGGAUGCCCUCCCACGCUUCCCCAAAGCAGAGAAGUCUCUGAGGGAGGUGCAGCAGAUCCUGAACGUGACCGAGGGAAACUUCCAUCAGCUGGUGGCGCUGCUCAACUGCCGAGGCCUCAACAAGGACUACAUUGACUCUCUGAAAGGCCUGUGCUAUGAUGGGAUGGAGGGAUUGCUCUAUCUCUCUCUCUACUCGUUUCUCUCCGCACUGGCGUUCACUGCCAUCCUCUGCUCCCUCCCUGGAGCCUGGAGGAGCUUUUCCAGCGACUCGGAGGAGUAUGAAGAUUCGGACAGUGAGAGCGAGGACCCCUUCACUUCUCAUCAGGCACGUAGACAGACGGCCACGGGCUCACAGCGAGGGGCCUUGCCCCCCUUCUAUAGUUACCAGGGGGCCGGCUGGACACCCCCCUUUUCUAGCGCGCCUCCGUUACCGACUCCAAACGCUUCCUCCAAUGGCAACCCUGGUUAUGAAAGCCUGCCUCUGAGUGACAGGCCGUCCCCACCCCCCUCUUACAGUACUCUCCCAGCAUGCUGACGGGCUACGGGGGUAAUCAAUCACACCCAAACUCCGCCCACUCCCGGAACCUGUAUUCGCACUAAUUUUUAUGUAUAGUAUUUAAAAAAAAAAAAAAAAAAAAGAUAUUGAAAUAUAGCAGAUAUUUAGUUUUCAUAUGGAUGGACAUUUUACUGAAAACUAAUUCAAAAAGAGAUUUGAAUUGUAGAUGUGAGAACCGAUGGCGUAACGUCAGUACCACUGAGUUCUAGAAGCACUUAGCCAGAACAGGCUGGCGGUUUGAUUGACAGAUAAUGAAAUGUUAGUGUGAGAUAUAUAAGCCACCACUAACCACCCCCCCCCCCACCCCCAGCCCCCAAAACCCAUCUGUUUGGUGUCGUUGUGAACAUUUGCCGGAGGGUGGAAUCAGGAUGGUAUUGACGUUACUGUAGUAGUCUAUUUUUUAAUGUAUUGCCACUUUUGUUUUGGAGUUUUUAUAAUAUUGUUGUAUGCUGAGUCACAGACACACAUAGAAAUGAUGGCACAACUUCUUUGUAUGAUUAUGCAGCUCGUCGGGCACUUUUUUUUUCUCUCUCUCUUUCGGUCGUUUCUCUUUUUUAAAUAUUUGACUGUACCUUUUUUAUAGGUGGCGAUUCUGUAUUACCUUGUAUACCCUCUGAUACUAUAUGAAAUAUGAUAAAUGAUGAAUAUAUAUUCACUGUAAAUGAUGUUUGAGUGUUGAUGCAAUUCGAUGUGUGGAAAGUGAAAAAAAAAGAAGGAUAAAAAAAAAAAAAAAAAAAA